AUGACUUCUCAGCGGUCUUUCCCUGCAGACGACUUCGGUGUCUACUAUGUCCUCACAGAGUGCACGGAUUACUACGACAGCCUUCCUGUUAACGAGACUGACCAGAACCAGCCCCACUUCCAGGGCGUGGCCGGCCUGCGGAACUUGGGCAACACGUGCUACAUGAACGCCAUCUUGCAGUGUCUCUGCAGCAUCUCGCCGCUGGUGGAAUACUUCCUCUCCGGAAAGUACGUCACCGCUCUUCAAAAGGACUGCAGCGAGGUUGCCACUGCUUUUGCCUACCUGAUGACAGACAUGUGGCUCGGAGACUCAGACUGUGUCUCACCAGAGAUAUUUCGGUCAGCUCUUGGCAACCUCUACCCAGCGUUUAUGAAAAAGACACAGCAAGAUGCUCAGGAAUUCUUGAUUUAUGUCCUAAACGAACUACAUGAGGCUCUGAAAAAGUACCACCGAAGAAGAUCAUAUGAGAAAAGAUCUACUCAGAGAUGCUGCAGGAAGGCUAUCGUCAAUGAGACGUCCAUCAUCACCCGGCUGUUCGAAGGGCAGCUCAAUUAUAGCAUCGUAUGUUUAAAGUGUGAGAACUGCACCUACAAAAACGAAGUCUUCACCGUCCUGUCGCUCCCCAUUCCAUCCGAAUAUGAAUGUUCCCUUCAGGACUGUCUCCAGUGUUUUUUCCAACAAGACACACUGACCUGGAACAACCAGAUUCAUUGCUCCUUUUGUGAAACCAAGCAAGAAACAGCUGUGAGGGCCAGUAUUUCCAAAGCACCAAAAAUAAUUGUUUUUCACUUAAAAAGUAAAAGCUUGCAAAUUAUCCUCCAAGCCAAGGGCAGAAAUAUCAGCGUCCUUGUUACUCCAUAUGGCCUUGGCAUUCUCCCAUGGCCCUCCAGUGAAGAGCUCCUGGGUCCGAAAAUGGCUGCAGCAGUGUUGGGGUUGGGGUUAAGGAUAAUUCCGCUCCUUGGCCAGUGGAUGGGCAGUGGCCCAUGCCUCUACUGUGGACCACAGGACAGCGAAGGUGCUGACCAGCAGACAAGUCCCAGCACUCUGUUUUCUACUGUGGACACUGAUGAAAUACCAGCCAAAAGACCAAGAUUAGAUUGCUUUAUUCACCAAGUGAAAAACAGUCUCUACAAUGCUGCCAGCUUAUUUGGAUUCCCAUUCCAGCUGACCACAAAGCCCGCGGUAACUUCAGCUUAUGAUGGAACAUGGAAUGUGGCCCCUUCAGGAGAGUCUGGGGGUUACCAAGCAGUGAAAAGAUGGACCAAAGGGGUAAAUCUCUUUGAACAAGAACUUAUUCUGGUGCCUAUUCAUCGGAAGAACCACUUUGGUGAUCUGGAUGGUGGCCACUACACUGCUUUCUGCAAGAACUCAGGCACCCAGGCCUGGUAUAGCUUUGAUGACACACGAGUCAGUGAGAUUCCAGAUACUUCAGUUCAAACCGCUACAGCGUAUCUCCUGUUCUAUAGCUGCCAGCCCUUUUCUAUACCUAUACAAAAAUGCAAGAGCUAG